AUGGUUGACUGUAUGAGCAAAGUCAUGCUGCACACGGUCGUCUCAUGCUGGCAACCAUUCCUGGGACUGGCCCUCCUGGCUGUCUUUGUGACUUCUGCCCUGGGAUGUCCCUCACGCUGCGAAUGUUCAGCGCAGAGCAAGGCAGUUGUCUGUCAUCGCAAGCGCAUGCCCACCAUUCCAGACGGCAUCCCAACCGAGACCAGGAUCCUUGACCUGAGUAAGAACAAGCUGACAAUGAUCAACCCGGAUGACUUUGUUGCCUUUCCGGGGCUUGAGGAACUUGACCUCAGUGGAAAUAUUAUCAGUUAUGUUGAGCCUGGAGCUUUCAACGCCCUGUUUACCAUGCACUCGCUCAGUCUCAAGAGCAAUCGUAUCAAGCUCAUUCCUCUGGGCGUCUUCACAGGCUUAGCAAAUCUUACUCGGCUGGAUAUAAGUGACAACAAGAUCGUCAUCCUCCUGGAUUACAUGUUCCAAGACUUGCACAAUCUAAAAUUUUUGGAAGUGGGUGACAAUGAUCUGGUUUACAUUUCUCACCGUGCAUUCAGUGGACUGUUAAGCCUUGAGAUACUCACCCUGGAAAGGUGCAACCUUACUGUUGUACCCACUGAGGCUCUGUCCCACCUGCACAACCUGGUUAGUCUCCAUCUUAGAUACCUCAGCAUCAGCACUUUACAUCCUUACUCAUUCAAAAAGUUGUUCCGGCUUCAGCAUUUAGAGAUUGAUAAUUGGCCUUCACUAGACCACGUGCCAGCAAACACCCUGCAUGGCCUCAACCUGACCACCCUGUUUAUAACCAACACCAACUUGUCCUCCUUCCCUUACCAAGCCAUGAAGCAUCUGCCCUACCUGACACACCUGAACCUGUCCUACAACCGCAUCAGGCAUAUUGAAGGAGGGAUGCUAAUGGAACUCGUUCGGCUUCGAGAGCUACAUCUGGUUGGAGCUCAGCUGACUGCCAUUGAACCGUAUGCCUUCCAGGGCCUGCGGGGGCUCAAAGUCCUCAACGUCUCUCACAACAGACUGGACACACUGGAGAAGGGAGUAUUUCAAUCUCCCGAAGCUCUGGAGGUCCUUCUGAUCGACAACAACCCCUUAGUGUGCGACUGUCGUCUGAUGUGGAUCUUACAGAAAAGGCACUCUAUCUUCUUUGGGGAGUCGCAGCCAGAGUGCAGUACACCUGAAGGUAUUCGCGGCAGGCCUUUUAAAGAGUUUAAAGAAACUCUCUUGUCCUAUUACGUUACAUGUACAAAGCCAAAAAUUCGUGAAAAUAAAACACAAACGAUCACUGUGGAUGAAGGCCAGCAAGCGAUGUUACGCUGCAGUGCUGAGGGGACACCAAGGCCCGUUGUGUCCUGGUUGUCUCCACGUCGACGAGUCCUGACAAGUAGGAGCCAUGGUCGGGUUACGGUCCACAACAACGGUACACUGGAAAUCAAGUCAGCAGAGGUACAAGACAGUGGUGUGUACCUUUGCCUUGCAUCCAACACUGCUGGGAAUGACACCCUGAUGACUUCAUUGGCGGUGAAAAGUCUUGGAUCGCUGUACGCUAACAGGACCCAGUACUACACAGAUCCCAGCAAUACCACUGCCAAUGGGACAACCGGUGUGACCCUCGGUUUGGACCUAAAGACUAUUUUAGUGUCAACAGCCAUGGGUUGCUUCACGUUCCUGGGAGUGGUCUUGUUUUGUUUCCUGCUCCUUUUCGUUUGGAGCAGAGGGAAAGGAAAACAUAAAAACAACAUAGAUGUUGAAUAUGUGCCUCGGUCAAAGUCUAACGGCACCAGUGUUGACUCGGCAGAUGGACAAGCUGGUCCUCGUCGUUUUAACAUGAAAAUGAUGUGA